AUGUCAUACCAGCAGUACCCAGGCGGCUAUGGCGGCCCUGGUGGCCAGCCCCCUCCACAAAACCAAUAUGGAUACCCCCCGCCAAAUUAUGCUCAACCUCAAGGGGCCCCUCCAGUCCCUCCACAUCCGUCAGGGUUCCCACCGGCCCAGAAUCAAGGUUCAUACUACCAACCCGGUGGUUCGGCAAAUACCUAUUUCGAUCCCAAUUCUGCACCACCGCCCCCUGGGCCAUAUGGCCAGGGAUACGCACCAUCUCCGCAGCCAAAUUACCCACAGCCAGACUAUAGCAAUAACAGGGCAUCCUACCCCCAGCAGCCACAAAAUGGCGGAUAUGGCGCUUACCCACCUAACCAACAAGGUCCAGGUGGUUAUGGCCCCCCACCGCCCCAGCAACAACCUUUUGGUGGCUACGGUGGCCCACCAAACGCGCCAUAUGGUGCACCACCUCCCGGCCCCUAUAAUAAUAGUCAAUAUCCGCCCCAAAACCGACCGCAAUUCCCCGGCCAAUUCCAACCCGGUUUCGGUGUCCCAUCACCGGGCUAUGAAGAACCACCUCAAUGCAAUCCCAUGCAAUACGGCCAACAAGCCGACGAACUUCGAAGGGCCAUGAAAGGAUUUGGCACCGACGAGGCUACACUGAUCCGUGUUCUUGCACAGCUCCAAACACCAUUUGCAAUUUACAGCGUACAGCGUGCAUUCAGCCAAAGACAUGGUCGGGAACUCCUGACCGAUCUUAAAAAGGAGACGAGCGGGAACUUUCGUGAAACAUUAUUAUCCGUAGCUCGAGGUCCGCUUAUGGAGGAAGUACAUGCAAUACAUGAUGCGAUUCACAGACCUGGAACUACAGAGUCGGUCUUAAACGACGUACUGUUAUGUCGCUCACCGCCAGACCUGGAUGCCAUUAAGAAAGCCUACACGCGUACAUUUUCUCGAGAUCUUGAAGCAGAUGUUCGUGGCGAUCUUUCGCUGAAGACGGAAACUAUGUUUGUAUUUGCACUUGGAAAUAGAAGAGCAGAUGAAAGUGCACCAGUGGAUAUCGCACAGGCGGAGAAGGACGCUUAUAACAUCCAAAUGGCAAUCGAGGGUGUUGGUACAUCUGGUAUUUCGGGUGUAUUUGGUGGAGCACACCAAGAGGCAGUCUAUAGCACCAUCUUGUUAAAGAAUGAUGCACAGAUCGGAGCUAUUGCGCACAGUUAUGAGAGAAUGUAUAAUCGUCGAUUGGAUGUGAUGAUUGAGAAGAAAUUCAGUGGCCACAUGCAACAAGCCCUACUCUAUGCUGUCCGAGGAGGAAUGGACAAGGCAUUACGUGAUGCAGUGCUGUUAGAAGAUGCUAUGAAGGGUCUCGGGACAAGGGACUCUCUACUGAUCCAUCGGAUCGUAAAAUAUAGAUGGAACAAAGCACAUUUCGACAACGUAAAGCGUGCCUACAAGGAAACCUAUCGCCGAAAUCUAGAAGACAGGGUACAUGGUGAGACAAGUGGCGAUUAUAGAAAAUUUCUAACGGCAUUGGUAAUGAGCUAA